AUGGAUAGAAGCUCCCUGUUUCAGCUCAUACAAGAGCAGCAGCUGGACCCAGACAACACCGGUUUCAUCGCAGUGGAGAACUUCACCAGCUUGGUGGAGCACCAUGAGCUGCAGCUGGACCCGUCCAAACUGGACAUGCUGUUAGCCCUGGUCCAGAGCAAUGAAGAGGGACAGGUGUGCUACCAGGAGCUCAUCGAGCUGAUGAGCAGUAAGCGCUCCAGCAGUUUCCGACGGGCCAUUGCGAAUGGCCGCCGAACGCUGCAAAGGGAGAUCCUGUUGGACGAGACGGGGCUCGGUCUGUACAAACGUUUUGUGCGCUAUGUGGCCUACGAGAUCCUGCCCUGCGAGACGGACCGGCGGUGGUACUUCCACCAGAACCGCCUGUGUCCCCCGCCUGUCUUCAUUGCCAUCGUCACCAUCGUACAGAUUAUCGUGUUCAUGUGCUAUGGCAUCAUGCUAAACAAGUGGGUACUGCAGACCUAUCAGCCCGACUUCAUGAAGAGCCCCCUGGUCUAUCAUCCCGGCCACCGUGCACAAGUGUGGCGCUUCUUCAGCUACAUGUUCAUGCACGUUGGUUUGGAGCAGCUGGGGUUCAACGCUUUACUGCAGCUGAUGAUUGGUGUUCCUUUGGAGAUGGUCCAUGGCAUCUUACGAAUAAGUCUGCUUUACAUGGCGGGAGUGCUGGCCGGCUCACUGACAGUGUCCAUCACUGACAUGCGUGCUCCAGUGGUGGGGGGCUCCGGAGGGGUCUACGCUCUGUGCUCAGCACAUCUGGCCAACGUCGUCAUGAACUGGGCCGGGAUGCGUUGUCCGUACAAGCUGCUCCGCAUGAUCCUGGCGCUAGUUUGCAUGAGUUCGGAGGUGGGUCGUGCAGUCUGGCUCCGCUUCUCACCGCCGCUGCCCUCCUCGGGGCCCCAGCCCAGCUUUAUGGCACACCUAUCGGGGGCCGUGGUCGGUAUCAGCAUGGGGCUGCUGAUUCUGCGCAGCUAUGAGGAGAGUCUGCAGAAACAGUGCUCUUGGUGGGUCAUCGUCUUCUCCUUCAUCACCUUUCUCCUCUUCGCCAUCUUCUGGAACAUCUUUGCAUAUGAGCUGCUGGGGGUGCAGAUACCACCGCCUCCCUGAUGAAGGCCUCCCCUCCCCCAAC